GGUAUUUCCACAUGUGUCAAUAGGCACAGUCACACUGUGUCUAUUGACAAUGCCGCUUGGAGACGCUGGGCGAAUUGCUGUUUGUUGGGCAUUUUUAACCGUUGGUGGAGUGUAUGCAUUUGUAUUGUCAAAAAGAUCAGUAGAAGGCCGCAGAUUCGAGACAUUACGUGUGCGAGAGCGCAUGAAAAAGGCAAACCACGGUGAAUACGAUCACACAAUUUCGGACAGGCGCUUCGACUAGAAAACAACUGCAAAUACAAUCAAA